AUGACUGUCGCUUCCACUCAGCAAGAGCAGGAUGAGUACUCCAGUAAUGCUGAGGAGCGUUAUGAGAGGUUCAUCCAGUGGACUAGGCAACAUGGCGCAUACUUUCACCCUUCUCUGACAUUUGUCGUCACCCCGAACCGGGGCGCCGAAGUGCUGGUCACCGGCCAGGCGAUCCAACCUUUCGAAACAUUGUUCAAAGUCCCCUACGGUAUCAGUCUAUCAUACUUCAAUGCCGUUUCUGCCGGCAUUCCCGGAUCACCCUACCAACCCCACUCAAAGCCAUUGCCGGAAGAGUUUCUGGAGAACACCUCUGACCAUGACACCGUCAACGCUAUCUUCCUGGUUCAGCAGUACUUGCUGGGUGAGCAGAGUUUCUGGUACCCGUACAUCCAAAUCCUUCCUCAACCCGACGAUGACAAGGACAGUGCGAUCCCUCUGCUGUGGCCAGAAUCGGACCUCUUAUGGCUUCGAGGCACGCAUCUAGAGGAGGCCGUAUCCAAGCAGAAAGUAGACCACGUCAAGCGGUGGACUGAGGCUAUGGAGACUCUCCAGAAAUACGGCUGGGAUCCGUCUCAAUUCACCUUGGAACUUGGCCUCUGGGCAUACUACUGCUUCUACUCCCGGUACUUUUGGUCCAUCAUCCUCGAACCGGACGUUGCCAAUAUUAAGCCCGAAUUCCAACAUCUGGUCAAGGCUGGUAUGAACUUGGAUGACACAGCGAAGAUUCUACUUCCAAUUCUGGAAACCUUGAACCAUGCCCAGGAGACAAACACUGAGUAUAACUUGGAUGACAAAGGCUUGUCCGUAAGCAAGAACAUAGAACUGAAGCCGGGCGAUCCGUUUUACAUUGCAUAUGACAAGGAGACACAGAGAUUCAAUAACACGGUUUUGCUGAAAGAUUUUGGGUUCAUUCUUCCAGACAAUGAAGCCGCGGAGCUCGUGCUGUCCUCUCCUUUCGAUCUGACCAGACCAAUGCACCUGGACCACUGUGUUUUCGGCUCCGCUGCCACAGUUGACGACCCCUACUGGACUUCCGAGGAUAAAUAUCUCUCGCUUCUCGCUGUGAGGUCUCCAUCUCUUGACAGUCGCGGCCCGAUCAACCCAGGUUACCCUGUACGCUGGCUGAGGCACUUUGAUCCGACAUUCGUUUCCAUAGUGUCUCUUAGAGUAGCCAACCUUGCUGAGAGGGCCACCUUAAGACUGGAUCCACAGAAGAUUCCCUCUGAGAGAAAUGAGCAAGCCACGGUCCAGUUCAUAUCUGGAUGCUUGCAUGCCAUGCUAGGAGAGAUAGACCAACACAGAAGGGCUUUGGGGGAGCCACAGAAUGAAAGGCAACGACGAGCUGAUGCAUAUAGACUGGAGCAGAAAUCAAUUCUUGAGGAGGUUCUUCAGGAUCUAUAUCGCGAUGGGCCAUGA